UCUUCUCUGGCCAGUGCGUGAAGGCUUCUGAGGGCACUGCUUCCUCCUCUCUCUCUCCCUGCCCACUACGGGGUUGGGUGAGUGCAAGGAACUGGGAUUUGCUGAGAUCUGCCGAGGUGGGUGUGUCCCCACCCGCCCCAGGAGCAGGUCCUACCAGCCCAGCCCAGCCCAGAGCAGGCAGCGGAAGCGGCUGGGCAGCGGCAGAGCGACAGGGAGCACAGGUCUCCACUGCUGAUGAAGUUGUGACCAAAGGCAUCCACCCCCUGGCAGCCAUCUGGGGCUGCAGCCAUAGCCCACAUUCCCAUGCUCUGCCUCUGCUUGCUCUGGGACUGGCUCUGUGCAGCCUCCAGGCCCCACCCUGGUGAUGAACAUGAUGCUGGGACCCUAGUGUGCCCCAUGAUGCCCCCAGCCUAGCUCCUCCUCACACUUUGGCAGGAUGUUGGCCAACUCAUUGGCCAACAUUUCUACCAAUGACUCUGUUACCCUGUGCCCUGACCACCGGCCCACCCACCGCCUGCACAUGGUGGGCUACAGCCUGGUGCUGGCCGCAGGGCUCCCCCUCAAUGCGCUGGCCCUCUGGGUCUUCCUGCGCGCGCUGCGCGUGCAUUCCGUGGUAAGCGUGUACAUGUGCAACCUGGCAGCCAGUGACCUGCUUUUCACCCUCUCGCUGCCCGUGCGCCUCUCCUACUACGCGCUGCACUACUGGCCCUCCUCGGACUUCCUGUGCCAGACAGCGGGCGCCAUCUUCCAGAUAAACAUGUACGGCAGCUGCAUCUUCCUGACACUCAUCAACGUGGACCGCUAUGUCGCCAUCGUGCACCCGCUGCGGCUGCGCCACCUGCGGCGGCCCUGCGUGGCACGGCUGUUAUGCCUCGGCGUGUGGGCGCUCAUCCUGGUGUUCGCCGUGCCCAUCAUCCUCGUGCACAGGCCCUCGACCUGCAGCUACCGUGGCCGCCCGGUGCGCCUGUGCUUCGAGAGCUUCAGCGACGAGCUGUGGAAGAGCAGGCUGCUGCCGCUCGUGCUGCUGGCGGAGGCGCUGGGCUUCCUGCUGCCCCUAGUGGCGGUGGUCUACUCGUCGGGCCGGGUCUUCUGGACCCUGGCGCGGUUCGACGCCACGCAGAGCCAUCGGCGGCGGAAGACCGUGCGCCUCCUGCUGGCUAACCUCGUCAUCUUCCUGCUGUGCUUCGUGCCCUACAACGCCACGCUGGCAGUCUACGGGCUGCUGCGGAGCAACCUGGUGGUGGCGAGCACCGCGGCCCGCGAUCAGGUGCGCUCGGUGCUGAUGGUGAUGGUGCUGUUGGCCAGCGCCAACUGCGUGUUGGACCCGCUGGUGUACUACUUCAGCGCCGACGGUUUCCGCAACACCCUGCGCGGCCUGGGCACUCCGCUCAGGGCCAGGACCUUGGCCACCAACGGUGCUCAGGGGACACUCGCUGAACGGCCCACUGAGACCAUCCGCACCACUGGGCCGCUCGCCGCCAGCCAGGAGCUGCUCAGGCCCUUCAACCCCGGGAGGCCCUUUACCCAGCGCCCUGAAGAUUCGGCCCUCUGAACGCACUGAUCCUGCUAUGGCGCAGUCACCUGCCAUCCCUACCCGAUCGCACCUCUCACAUGCAGACUUUCAGCGUGUGCACGUGAGGGAGGUGGAUUGGGCAUUUGGACUUCUGGGUGGCAGCUACAGCUCAUAAAUGCAGAAGAGAACAGCGUGUGGGAGCAAGGGGCACAGGGAAGGAAGGGUGCUGGUGGAAAUGUCUUCUUUAAAUUGGUGGUGAUAGUGACCAUGGGGAGGAUCCCGUCCCAGUAGGUAGGAGGUGAUGCUGUGAGCCUGCCUACGCAGAGGCAGAAGACUGGAUGAAAUGCCCUUGAAGGGUCAUGAAGCACUACUGAGAGCUGGUAGAUGGAGCAGAAAAUGUGUAAUCUGGAUUUAGGUGGACCACAGCGGACUUAUCGCCAUGGAUGCCGCCCACUUGCAUUCCCGCUUGGGCUUCCCCUGCCCAGUAUUAAGGCGUAAUACAAGAGUGUAUUGGAUAUGGACA